AUGAGAAUCCGAGUGCGCGGGCCCUCGGGCCAGUCAACUGUCACACUAGACGACUCUGCAACCAUCAAAGAUCUGCAAGACCAAAUUGCGGAGAAGACUGGUCUAACUGCCUUUGAUGUGAAAUAUGGAUACCCUCUCCAACCGCUCGAGCUUGGCAGCUUCCAACCAGACCAGACCAUCUCAGAAACAGGGGUCAAGCUGAACGGAGAGUCACUUAUCGUCGCUCCGAAAGAGGGGACCAAACUUCUUAGCGAACCAACGAGAGAGGCACCGGCCACCUUGUCGCAACCGUCCACGUCGUCGCAAAAGCCGCAAACCAAUAACGCCGACGACCCGCCAGAGAUCGCUUCUCCAGAACAUGCAGGAACCUUUGUUCUCCGCGUCAUGCCCGACGACAACUCAUGUCUUUUCCGAGCAGUCGGCGCAGCAGUAAUGGGCGAUAUGGACACAAUGGUCGAGCUUCGAUCGAUCAUUGCAGGCGCCAUCCAAGCAAACCCAACAGAAUACACAGCAGCCAUUCUAGGCAAGAAACCGGACCAAUAUUGCCAGUGGAUCCAGAACGAGGAUUCUUGGGGUGGUGCCAUCGAGCUCAAGAUUCUCAGUGAAUAUUUUAACAUCGAGAUCUGCUCGAUUGACGUACAGACUCUCAACAUGUUCCAGUUUAACGAAGGUGCACCUACACGGUGUAUCGUCGUCUAUUCAGGAAUUCACUACGACGUUCUCGCCCUUUCGCCCUCCCUUCCGCCAUACACUCGUGCCAACCCCUUGGCCGAUGGUGACACGAAGAUUUUUGAGGCUGUCGACCCUGUUGUUUUGGAAAAAGCCAAGGAGUUAUGCAAGGUGCUCCAGGGCAAACACUACUACACCGAUACUUCUGGAUUUACUGUGCGCUGCAACGUCUGUGGUGGUACAUUUAUUGGAGAGAGGGGUGCUACUAAGCAUGCGGCGGAAACGGGACAUUAUGACUUUGGAGAAGCAGGCUGA